CCAUUUGCUUUCACACACAUAUAAUGCUCUUUCUUUCUCUAUGUCCACCCUAUUCCUACCUCCAAAUUUCUAAUGCCAUACAAAUCAUAGACACUCUGUCAUCCUCUCAUGAUCAAAUUUCUCUUUCUUUCCUCCACCGAAAGUCCCACAUUUCCCUUUCCUAUCCUUUAUUAUAAUUUUUUUUCAAAUAGGAAUACGAAUAAAGUUAGACUCUUUUCAAACACAAGAAUCCACUUUUCUUCUACCUCAAAUCUCAUCUCUCUCCUUCACAAAAAACGAAAAAAGAAAAGCACAGCAGCAUCAAUAAUGGGGUGUUUCAAUUUUUGCAACUCAAAAAACCCUUCACCCGCCAUGAAAGAAGCUCCUCUUGAAAACAGUUAUUACAACCCAGAAAUAGCCAAAAACAUAAGACACGAAAUCCUGCUUCAAAUCCCAGUAUGCAGAGUUCACUUGGUGGAAGCAGGGGAAGCUCUGGAGCUCGCCAAUGGCGACUUCAAACUCACUCGAAUCUUAGACGAAAACGUCUCUCUUGCCACCAUAGUAAGUGUAGGAAACGAUCUUACAUGGCCUUUGACUAAAGAUGAGCCCGUAGUCAAGCUAGAUUCUCUCAACUAUCUCUUCUCCUUGCCCAUGACAGAUGGUGAUCCUCCUCUCAGUUACGGCGUCUCGUUUCCGGAUGAUUGCGCCUUCUUUUUAACCUCUCUAGACUCUUUCUUGAAGGAGAAUACCUGCUUUUCAGGCUUAACAACCACUCCUAAAACGACUCAAAGUAAAGGUCUUGACUGGAAGGAGUUUGCUCCCAGAGUUGAAAACUACAAUAAUUUUUUGGCUAAGGCAAUUGCAGGAGGGACUGGUCAUAUUGUCAAAGGGAUGUUCAAGUUGAGCAAUGCUUAUGCCAAUCAGGUACAAAAGGGAGGGGAAAUGACUCUAGCUAAUGGGGUUGAGGUGAAAAGUUGUGUCACAAAGAAAGAAAGUGGUGGUUCUGUUAAGAAAAGUAGUGGAGUCAACAAAGGCUUGAAACGUGCAAGAAAGAUGUCAAAGAUGACAGAGAGAUUAAGCAAAACAAUGCUGAAUGGAGUUGGUAUAGCCACGGGAGCAGUGAUGGCACCCAUGUUAAAAUCUCAAGCAGGGAAGAAAUUCCUUACAAUGGUUCCGGGAGAGGUCAUCCUGGCUACACUUGAUGCAGUUAAUAAGGUGUUAGAUGCAGCUGAAGUAGCAGAAAAGCAAGCUCUUUCGGCCACUUCUGUUGCUGCAACAAGAAUGGUCAGCAACAGGUAUGGAGAUGAGGCAGGGGAAGCCACUGCUGAUGCUCUUGCAACUGUUGGUCAUUGCGCUGGUACUGCCUGGAAUAUCUUCAAAAUAAGAAAAGCUCUUAAUCCAGCUUCAUCUGUCUCCACUGGAAUGUUGAAGAAUGCUGCUAAAAGUAGCACCAAAAUUUAAUGUCAUGUCUACUAUGUCAAAUUCCCUCACUGCUUUACUAGCACUUGAAAAAUUGAAUGGUGGAAAUUUUUUUUAGAAAUCUAAUAUGAAUUUGAUACUAGUUUGUGAGAACUACAAAUUUGUCCUAACUGAGGAGUGCCCUGAAAAGCUUGCUGCCAACGCCCUGAACAAUGUUUGGGACAAAUAAGAUACAUGAAUUCAAUCCAAAAAUGUCAAGACCAAGUGCUUCAUGCUUGUGAGCAUGGAUGAUGUUAUGCGCAAAAUGUAUCUAAAAUAAUGAAUUCUCUGCAGGACAUGUUUGGGCAGCAAUAUAAUCAAACUAGACAUGAUGUUACUCGUACACUUUUACAAACUGCACUUUUGGUGUCAGUUUUAAACUAACACUUAUACAUAUAGUAUCAGUUCAUAGAACC